GCGUCGUUUAUUGCAUGCGUUUUACACGUAUCACAGUACAAACAGCAAACAAUCGCGACACGUUUUUUGUUUCGAAAUGAAGUGUAAAAAAUAAUUUAAAAAAAAAACCAAUAAAAAACAAACUGAAAUCAUAAAAACGCAUUGCUUCACAUUUUGUUGGACGAACAAAAUUCACUUAGACAGGGUAUAGGUCGGUCUCAAUAAAAGUUUCGGUAGAUUAUCGACGGUAGUCGAAGGAGCGGUCGUUGCGUGCAUAAGUUUACCCGGCUGUGACACGAAAGAAAUUCGCCAAUUAAGCAGCAGUGUGUGCGUGACUUAGAAAAUUAAGCAAAACGAGCAAGCGAGUGGAAAUUCGCAAACAUUAGUAGAAUACACAGAAAAAGUGACAUGAAGUGCUUAAAGUGAGACGCGUGUGGUGUUCAAGAAGGAACUAUUGAAGUCCAAAUUGAUGUGCUGCUUAUAAAUUUAAAAUUCUAUUGAAAAAGUAUAUAUAUUUGAGUCAAAGAUUAAGUGUAACAACUUAGCUAAAAAUAAAGUAAAAAAAUAGCAGGCCUAACAAAUAUGCUCAGCUGGGAUUUGUUAAAAAGCAAAUGAAAAUUAUAUCACGUGAAAAUCCAAGUGAUUGAUGUAAACAAGAUGCGGCUGUGGCAAGCAGACACGCAACAGCCACGUAAAUAAAUUGUGCCAAUGCGUAUGCCAAGGUCCUUUGAAAAGUGUUGCAGAAGAAAAAUAACGACAGCAAUAAAUUUUCGAAGCGCACUUUAAGGCGCAAAGCUAAAAAGGUGUACGGGAUUUUAAGCCAGAACACACAUACCCCAAAAAAAGGUAUCAAUCACCAAACAGUAAACAGGAAACACAUACCCUUGCGUCCGCAAGUGCUUCGCGCACAAACACAAGCAACACACACACGCAUACACUUUAGCCACUCACAUACUCACAAAUAAUAAGAGCCAAACUAUACCGACUGGUUGCGAAUUUGAUGUGUCCGCGUAAAGGGAAUAAACGGGAUUAUAAAAAUACACUCGCACAGCUGGCAAUUCAAGUGAAAUGUAAACAGUGGAACAAAACAAAAUUUUUGCUGAAACAACAAAGCAAGGCAACUACCUGAGCUUUGAUGUGGAAAACGUAAAAAGGAGCAGAAUUUUUGUGAAAAAAAACAAUUUAUGAAACCAAACAAAAAUAAUUAAAGCCAACAAAGCUUUGUGUAGUGAAUGUAUUUGCGAAAAAUGUUUUUAUCUAAGGUUGGAGAGUUUAAAUGAAAAGCACUUCUUUGAAACUCUGCGCUGAAGCGAAUUUUCUGCUAUAACUCUUUAUUCACAGUGGUGUAUUUCACGAAAGAAGCAUUUAAAAUAUAUCUACAUUGAAAUCUUAAACUUUCAAAAAUAGACAAACAGAUUUUAAUGCUCAGAAACGCGCAAAUCCAUUUUAGAGAUUUUUGAAAAACAAAAAGUUAAUAAUCCAGUGUUGAAAAAUGUGUAAAAACCGUGUUGUAGCAGCAUUUCUGCUGCUAUUACUGGCUGUAAUGAGCAGUUACACAACACUGGGGGAACAACAUCCAGCGACGGCGGAUGAAGGACCUCUUUCAGAGGUGCAAACAGCUGUGGGUCUGGAAGUGGCGCUACCGUGUGACCUAAUGCCUGGCACAAUGAUUGCUGAUAAGGUGCAAUUGGUCAUCUGGUAUCGGCAGGGCAACGUCAAGCCGAUUUAUACUUUCGACGCCCGCGGCCGCUCGCUACACCAGGCCAUACCCUGGGCAGAUGAGAAUGUCUUCAAGAACAAAGCACACUUUUACUAUGACACCAACCCGCCAGCGCUGCGUAUAAAAAACAUACAAACAAGCGAUGCGGGACUGUAUAAGUGUCGCGUGGACUUUCAUAAAUCACCGACGCGCAAUUGGCGCAUUAAUGUGACAGUUUUAGUGCCGCCCACUCAAUUGACGAUACUGGAUCACCAUGGCGCUGCGAUACGCGACCAAAUGGCCGGCCCCUACUUGGAGGGUGACAGCAUUAAUCUGACGUGCCUGUCCAGCGGUGGUGUGCCGCCGCCACGCGUCUCCUGGUGGCGUGAACAUGCGCUCGUCGACGAUUCAUUCCAUGUGCUGCCAGAUGGCACUGUUCGUAAUGUUCUACACUUGAAAAAUAUUGCACGUAAAGAUUUACUAACGGUUUACACGUGUCAGGCAAGCAAUGGUCAUGUUGUGGCGGCUCUGACGAAAAAGGUUGUGCUGGACAUGAACUUGCCACCACUAAGUUUGCUGCUGCAGGGUCUCAAUCAUGCGCUCAUCGCUGGCACGCGCACUCACGUAACCUGCACAGCUGUGGGUGCACGACCAGCACCUCAAAUUAUCUGGACAAAAUCGGGGCAGGUGCUCAAGGGAUCUACGCAAUCGACUUCCAGCGAUGGCAACACCACCGUCUCCGAGCUGAUGCUUAUACCAGUGCCCGAGGAUAACGAACGUCAAGUAGUCUGCUCCAUUUCAUUAAAUCCAUCUAUAACGUCACAGCAGUUGCACGAGGGCGAUACGACAGUGUUGACGGCACUAAGCAAUGGCAACAUGGGAUUGUAUUUGAAGGAUUCGCGCGUGCUGAAUGUGACGCACGCACCCAUUGUCUCACUACGCCUAGGCGCUCCUUUGGAUCCGAAUAACCUGCUGAAGGGCUCUGACGUCUACUUGGAAUGUGAUGUAAAGGCGAAUCCGGGCAUAACACGGGUCGAGUGGUAUCACAAUGACAAACAACUCCAUCUCUCGCGCGGCGUUAUAAUCUCCAAUCAAACGCUUGUACUGCAAGGCAUCUCAAAAAUUUCGCAUGGACAAUAUUUUUGCCGUGCCACCAACAUACAAGGCAGUGUGUCCAGCAACGAAGUUUAUUUGGAUGUGAAGUAUCCGCCCGUAUGCAAAGCCGAGUCUACCACCAUACGCGCCGCCCUCAAACAGACCAUCAACAUUACGUGCCAAGUGGACUCGAAUCCACUUGAUAAUCUAAAUUACAGAUGGCAUUUCAACAAUUCACUAGAGAGGCUCAUUGAAUUGCCCGCUACAUUGUCGACGGCGCCUGCCACAAUGCCGCUACUGAUGUAUCCGGACGGGGCAGCAGCUGUGGCGGCUGUAGGUCACACAUCCGGCGGAUAUUAUCAGCGUAGCAAGCGGAAACAUGGUCAUGCACAAAAAUUUCUACUCGGCCGGCAUGGACGUGUUGCGGCGGCCACCAGUGUUGUGGACGGUGGCAGCAGCGGUAGCGCGUGGGCGAAUAUACGCUUCGAAGAUACCGACGAACCACUAUCGCCCACUCAAUAUGUCGACGAGUACGAUGAUGGUGAAUUUAUAGACAACAACGAGCAUGACGAGCAAGCAGAGGCGGGGGAUGAGCAGGUGGCGUAUAGAGACCAAGGUGGGCCGCGUGCACAAAUGGUCUAUUCGAAUAUGAUUUAUAAAAAUCAUUUGGACAACCGGCAACAACAACAACAAUCACCACAUACACAUCAGCAACAACAAUUGUCAGGGCAUCAGCAUCAGCAGCAAGGGCGUAUGGCUGGCGGUGGUGGUGGCAUUGCUGGCGCUGCUGCUGGGCACGAUAUGCUCCCUCAUGGCAAUCAAUUUCAGUUAGCCGAGCGCAAGCGUCUGACGGCGGCGUUACAUAAAAAACAACAUCAUCGCCCAUUGGCUGCUGCGACUAUGACCACUCAGUCACCACCGGCGCCACCGCUCAACAACGUCUACAACUACCACAUAGAUUCGUACGAUAGCUUUGGCGCGAUCUCGUGCGUUGCCAGCAAUGCCAUGGGCCACAGUGAGCCCUGCUGGUAUCACAUACAGCCUGCAGACUUUCCCGAUCCGGUAAAGAACUGCACCGCCUAUAACGCCACGGCCAACUCCAUUCAAAUCCAGUGCAUUGCCGGCUAUGAUGGUGGCAUACCACAGCACUUCCACGUCCAAGUCAAAGACGAGCUCACCAAUCAAAUACUCUACAACACAUCCUACAAGUAUGCUGAGUUUACCGUGAAGCGGCUGCCCAGCGAUUCAGUCUUUGUCAUACGCAUUACCGCAGUGAACGCACAAGGACCCAGCAAAUCGGCAUUUCGUGUGCGCGGGCGUACCCUGUCCGCUCCACUCUUGCGCACGGCUUCUUCUACAGCGGUAUUGGUACAACUCACCCCACUACUGGGUGCACUUCUAGGCAUAGUCGGCACAGUGGUGUUGAUUGCCAUCUGUAUAGUCAUCUUUCUACGCGUGCGUCCGAAGACAACGCGACGUCCUAAUGGCGAUACAACCACAACGGAGGCGGAUAAGGGUAGCGCUGAGCCGCUAUCGCGCAAUAUGGGCAGUCAUUCUAGUUUGGAAGAUAAAAAUCCCGAUGUGGUGCCACAGGAAACGAAUAGCGAAGAUGAAUUUCAUUUGGAGGAGAAGGCGUUCGAUCGUUUGAAUAUCGAAUCGCAACGCAUUCUCUAUACGCCACCGACGCGGAUUAAUACGGCAUCACCGCCACCGCCAUCGUUGUCUCCAACAUUUGGCAAGCAGUAUGGCGAACUUUCGCUCACCACCAACCCCGCCUUCAGCCUCUACAAUACACCACAACGCGCGCCCGCCGCCCAAAGGCCCGUCUACACUGCACCACCGCCACUACUCUCCACACGCACACCACCCAACAUCUAUACACGCAUACCCGGUCGCUCUUACCUGCCAGCCUACGAAACGCGCACCUCCCCCACCUCACCAUACGGUUCGACAACCACCUGCACUAUUCCAUUAUUGAGCGGUCAAUCGAACGGUUCUUUGCAAACGAAUAGCAGCACUUUGGGCAGCAGUUCUGGUGGUGGCAUCGGUGCCGGUGGCGGCAGUCUCACUAGCAACGCCAGCAGUGGUGUACAUUGUAAUACAUUACCACAUCCAGGCGCUUUACAACAUCACGCCUCAGCGGCAGCGGCAGCCGCAGCAGUGGCGUCAAUGACAACAAAUGGCAUACCUACGGCGCUCACCUCAUCGAUGACAUCAGGGAAUAUUAGUCUUGCUGCAACACAAUCGCUGCUCACCUCACCGCGUACGCACAAUGCUGCUGCCGCCGCCGUAGGUGCGCUAUCGCUGAGUGGCAUGGGUAUGGGCAUGGGUGUGGGCGUGGGAUCUACGCAAAUGUCGACGGCCACAACGACGGCAGGCGGCGCUCCGCUGCUCAAUUCAUCAUCUGCGUUGCUGGGUAGUGGCAAUUACGAGACUGUGGGCUCCUGAGAAUUACCGAAAGAUGACAUUAAAUGUCAGUUUGUAUGCAUUGGAGGUAGCAGCACGUGUACAAGCAACGCGGAGCGCACCACAAUCGUCUAGUGUGACGGUGGUGCCCAAAUAGGAAGCGAGUGGAGACGGAAGAGGUGUAUAUGCCAAUGUUGGGGCAUCGUGUAAAUUAACUGUAAUUUAAAUAUUUAACAACUAAGCAACAAAAAGUUAAUUUUGUGAGAACAGAAAAGCGAAUGUGAGUUUGUUGACUGAGUUGAAACCUUACAUUUUUUAGUGAAAAUAAGUUGUAGUUUGAAGCUAGAAAAAUGUGCAGCAAUUUUUUCUAUGAGAAAUAUGAGCUAAGCACUUGGUUUUGGGUGAACUCGAAUUGACACUUUUUACCUCAAUUGCCUUUUGAUUGCAGUUCUUCAUGUAUUUUUAACAAAUUUAAAAAAAAGUGCAUGUAUCGUAGUACACAUAACAGUAGUGAAACUUUCAAGGCAGACAAAAAAAGAAGGAGAGACCCGAGAGAGAAUGAGAGAGAGAGAGAGAGAAAGAAUAUAUACCUAAAUAAACUCACAACAUUUGCAGAGAAUACAAAUAGAAAAAAUUUACAAAAAACGGAGAAAUUUCGACCGGUGUAGGUAAACGCCGAACACAAAUCGUGGCAACAACGCGCACUACUCCGAGCGUUUAUCACCCGCACAAACGCAGCGAUUCCAGGACCGCAGCAGCGGCACAAAUUACCGCAAAGCAAUACAAGUAAAUCCGAUGCCGGAAUGGAUAGCACUUUAUAGUACGCACAAGCACUAGCCAGGAAACGGAAAUAAGCGCCAAAAAGUAGGCACCAAAAACAAAACGCCAAAAAAAUUGGGACCCCAAACAAUAGGCACCAAGGAAAUAUAACGCCAAAAAGAAGGCACCAAAAAUAUAUUUCCUACAAGUUUGCACCAACAAACAAGCGCCAAAAAGUAGGCAGUGUUAUUUCUCACUAGAAAUUCGCAACCACAAGGAAAAAUAGCCUAAAGUGUAUUUAAGAUAUAUAUUAGGUAUAGCUCUUUCUCUCAUUUUCCUUAACCUUAUAUUUUUUUUUCUCUCUCGCGGAACAAAAAAGCCCAAAACGUUGAAUGGCCUUGCAACUUUACUCUCCAUUCUCGCUCGUCCAUCGACACCUAAGAAGUUUCACUUCAAAAAGUGCAACACAAUUUUAUUUCGCACUCUGGCGCUCCAAUAAGAUUUCUCCCAAGCGCACAUAUAAACGACUAUACAUAUAAUUUUAGUACAAACGUCUGUGGAAAUUUCUAAGUUAUAAGACAAUUUUGCAAGUGAAUAAAAAAAUUAUAAGACUUCCAACAAAAUAAAUAGUUAAGAAUUGGUAGAACUAUUACGUGUUGUAUGUAUGUAUUGUACAAUAAUUCGUAUGCGAUAAACAAAGGGUGUGCUGAGAUUUUCCAAUAAAAGAUAUGCAUGAAGUUGUACGCCACUUUCUUUGGAUCCUGAUUUGCAGUUGGCAUAAGGAAAAAGGAAGCAAACGAUGUGGCAAACGAUUGACAUGCGAUGGCAAACGAUUAUCAUCUUUCUGCUCUAAGCAUUUCAGCAUAAGACCCGCAUAUGUCAAAGAGAGAAGUGAAGAAAAGAGUGCAUUAAUGUAUUUAAAUUGAUAAAUUAGACGCGUAGUAGAAAUUUGUAAGAAAUUUACUUUAAGACUAACUUAGUUAGCCACACAGGUCUAUCUGAUUUCAGCUUGAGGGAGUAAAUUUGAAACAAAAAAACACAAAAAUUCAGAUUUUGAUCAACACUCUUUUUAUUACAAUAUAAUUUAACACUUUGUCAUUAUUUGUCAAUACUAAGAGAUUAUGUCGCUGUAGAAAUUUCUAUUUUCUUACAUUUUGUUUUUUAA